AUGUCUGGACGCGGCAAAGGCGGGAAGGGGCUUGGUAAAGGUGGUGCUAAGCGCCACCGUAAAGUCCUGCGUGACAACAUCCAGGGUAUUACCAAGCCGGCUAUCCGGCGCUUGGCUCGGCGUGGCGGUGUCAAGCGCAUUUCCGGACUCAUCUAUGAGGAGACCCGUGGGGUGCUCAAGGUUUUUCUGGAGAACGUGAUCCGCGACGCAGUCACCUACACGGAGCACGCCAAGCGCAAGACGGUCACUGCAAUGGAUGUGGUCUAUGCGCUCAAGCGCCAGGGACUAAAUUGCCCAACCGCCCUUCUGAGGAGUGGCUGUUGGUUUGUGCUCAAACCUUCCAUAAUGGCUCGAACCAAGCAAACAGCCCGCAAAUCCACCGGCGGUAAGGCGCCACGGAAGCAAUUGGCCACUAAAGCCGCCCGCAAGAGCGCGCCCGCUACCGGUGGCGUGAAGAAGCCGCACCGUUAUCGGCCAGGCACUGUGGCACUCCGCGAAAUCCGCCGCUACCAGAAGUCCACUGAGCUACUGAUCCGCAAGUUGCCGUUUCAGCGGCUAGUGCGUGAAAUUGCUCAGGAUUUCAAGACCGAUCUGCGCUUCCAGAGCUCUGCGGUGAUGGCGCUGCAGGAGGCGUGUGAGGCCUAUCUGGUUGGGCUUUUUGAGGACACCAACCUGUGCGCCAUCCAUGCUAAGCGCGUAACUAUUAUGCCCAAGGACAUCCAGUUGGCACGUCGCAUCCGUGGAGAGAGGGCAUAA